GUUGAUGCUGCUUUAAUACUCCUUGGUAACAUGAUUUCAAGUGACCUAGACCUUAUGAGUACAUUUGUUGUACCUCAGGAUGUAUGGGACCUGAAUUCGUUCAAACAAGUGCCAUCAAUGAUUUGACUUCGGGGAGGACGAUUGGCAAUGCUAAGGUGCAGUCCGGACUAUUUCUUCUUAAAGCUGAGGGAUCUCCUAGAGGACAAACUCAUAGUGCAGGUGAUAUUCGAGACAUUUUACAUCUUCGGAAAAGCCUUCUGAAAGCAGUUUUGGGUCAUUUUAACUGGCAGGAAUCUUCCAUGUUCAACGAGCACCUGGUAUUGUUGUUGCCUGCAGCUGUUUAUUCUCUUUCUACUGGUUGUGCACCUUUUAAGCAAUGCCACAAUCGACUUCCUCCAUUCUAUGCUCCUCAAGAUGUUAAUGGGGCUAUGAAUGACUGGGUUAAGGCAGAGGAACUUGAGCAAGAUUAUGUGCACGAACUUUUUGAAUGCUCCAUUGAAGUACUUGUGAAUAUUGAUACAGAGUCCUCUGUUAAGCCAUCCAAGUGCACACCUUCCGUGGCAGUUGAGAGAUCCCCUACUGCUUGAAAUGGAGACUUUUGUUCUUGCAACUCUAGUUGACAAAGAUAUUGAAGCUAGGCCUCUGUCAGACUUGUUGUUUUCGUGCACUCUCUUGUCAAACUUGGUCCAUGGCUCAUACUUUGUGAGGCAAGGAGAGGGAAUUUCACCAUUCCCCUCAAAAGUAGGCCAGCACCUGUUGGAAUUGCUGGAUCGUGCUGUUGAUGUAAUCCAGAGUAACCAAAAUGAUCUUUCAUCUGGUUGCUUUAGCUAUGACUUUUUUGUUGGUGACCGUGCUCUUGUUACUUCCUUUGGGAGUUUUGUCUCUUCUCCUCUAUUUGUUGAACAGAGAGAUCAAAGCUGUACGGAUAUUGCACUAUAUGAUGCACAGAUGCAGUUAUGCAAUCAAUUGAGAGACUUCUAAAAGAACUUGCUAAAGGAUAUGAAAAAUAUUGCAACAGUUCAACAGUUUUUCAGUCCGAAAAGAUGCUGCAAGGCUUAUCUGCAUCUGUUACUCCUGUACAUAGUAUGUCCCCUUUCGAUAGUAGUAAAAGUAGAAUUAUGGACCUGGAGUUAGAUGUGAAUGAUGAUGCUGGAGAUGUUGAUAUUUUAGCUGUUUGUGGGAAACGUUCCAGUGGUAUAUCUUCGUCUGUUGAGAAAUGGAAGUUUAACAUGAUAUCACUUAUUUCGGGAUUUUUCUCUGUUCUACACGUUGUUACAUGGGAUAUUUUGUUUGAACUCAUGGACAAAGAAUGCAAUUCAAAGGUUCGCGAAAGAAUUCUGUACAACCUUUGUCAACAUCCCUACUGGUCGCCAUCUUCAAAUUUUACUGAUUUGAUCAAUAUUGUGCAUGAUUGAGAUUCACUACAGUCUUAAGCUUGAUUGUAUCAGCACAUUAGCUGCUAUCUGUGCUUUGCUGGAGACUUUAUUAUCCUUGAACGAUAGUAGGAAAGCUAAAACUGGUCUCUUCUUCUUUGGAUAUGAAAUCUGAACAGGUCUUUUCAGUUCUCCUUCUAAUGUAAAUAAUUGUCUGCAGAGCUUGAUGCAUCUUAGAGAUCUGAUAAAUCAAACUGCUGAACUUGAUCAUCUCGAGUGGUCUGGACAUGUUAAGCUGGUUGACUGCAUAUGUGAUUUUGUUUUACUAAGUCCUCAAAUUGGCCAGGUGAUCUUUAAUGAAGAUUACAAAUGUUUGUACCUUUAAACUUGAAGCGUGUAUUAAUCUUAAUUGUCUGAGGCAUGAAUUCUUUUGACCUGAUGAUAAUUGGAUUAUAUGAAGCUUAAUUGAAUAGAAUAACCUGCUUCAUACAUCCCUGUUUCAGUCUUGGAAACUAGUGUCAGUGAGUGCAAUUUCUUAUGUAUUCGUUGAUGAAAUGAAAUUAGGAAAGCUUCUGAUAA